UUCUCCAGAGUUGCUGGCGACUGCCGAUUGACUUCAUGCUCCACUCACCACCACAUUUUUUUUUCCAAAAAAUCCGAACGGAAACAACCACCUAUCUAUCUCAUAAACGCGCCAAAGCAGAUAAAAUACGGUUUGCGAUGAUUUCUAGGGAGGAAUUUACUUGGCCGGCCGGGAUCCGGUCAUGGUUUUCUUGUCGACUUGCGCAUUAGAGAUUAGUGGUGUGGUUUUCUUAUCGAUUUGUGCAUUGGACACCAUCCGGUCGGCCGGCGCCAUUGGAGGAGGAACAUGGCGGCGAUGGCGUCGCCGCCGCCGCCGACGAGAGUGUGCGUCACCGGCGCCGGCGGGUUCAUCGGCUCGUGGCUCGUCAAGCUCCUCCUCUCCCGUGGCUACGCCGUGCACGCCACCCUCCGCGACCCGUGUGAUCCCAAGAACGCUCAUCUGAAGCAGCUGGACGGGGCGUCGGAGAUGCUGAGCCUGUUCAAGGCCGACGUGCUCGACGCCGGCGAGCUGUCCGCCGCCAUUGCCGGCUGCGAGGGGGUUUUCCAUGUCGCCUCUCCCGUGCCCGGAGACAAGAUCGUCGAUCCUGAGUUAGAAGUAAUGGCUCCUGCUGUAAAGGGAACACUGAAUGUUCUUGAAGUUUGUUCGUCGUCUAAGAAGGUUCAGAAAGUUGUGGUGGUGUCAUCUACUGCUGCAGUUCAUUACAACCCCAAUUGGCCUCCAGGUAAGCCCAAAGAUGAGAGCUGCUGGUCGGACAGAAAGAUAUGCAUGGAGAAGAAGGAGUGGUAUAGUGCUUCCAAGGUUAUCGCUGAAAAGAUGGCUUUGGAAUAUGCAGAGAAAAAAGGUCUAAACGUUGUUACAGUCUGCCCUUGUUUAGUUUUUGGUCCACAGUUGCAACCAACUGUCAAUACCAGCAAUGAACUCCUCAUCUAUAUAACAAAAGGAGGUCCAAACGUAAUGAGGAACAUGUUGUUGCACAUAGUAGAUGUCCGUGAUGUGGCUGAAGCUUUGAUUCUGGUAUACGAGAAACCAGAAUCAUCUGGCAGAUAUCUUUGCGCACCGUAUCACAUCAGCCCAAAGGCUACUGUGGAGUUUCUCAAGAACAUUUACCCCAACUACAAUUAUGUAAAGUGUAGUGCUGAAGUGAAUGGCAAGACUGAAAUAUUUACACCAAUUUCGUCAGAGAAAUUGAAGAGCCUGGGCUGGAAGCCAAGGAAAUUGGAGGAGACACUCACAGACAGCAUUGAGUACUAUGAAAAGACAGGAAUUUUGCAGGAUGCUGGUGGAAGACCUUGCGUUCUGCCUUACCUUUUUCACUUUCUUGUUGAGAACUGAGCACUUCAGGAGCUGUGUUUUCUCUGUAUGCUUGAGACACUAGCACUGAAUAUGUGUGUGUGGGAAUAACACAAAAGGCCUAUCUUGGCACGACAUAUAACUUCCAUCAAUCCUUCAGUUCUGCGGUGACAGUAUAUCUUUCAGUACAAAGUAACGUGUUGUCGCCAAUUAAGCUUA